GAGGACUACUUAAUGAAGAACUACCUCUUCCCUAUCUUCUCGCAUAUUGCUUUGCCAUGAGAGAAAGAGGAGAGAAUCCAUGUCUUUAAGAGGCUAAGGGACGAGGUAAUGAAAUGGCCUGGAAAGUGCACAGAGUUAACGCCAGCAGGUCAAAUGUUCACCUGGGGCUCCGCUGGGAAGAAGCAAAAGAAAACUCAACAUGCAGUCAAAGAAUGGCCUCAUUUUUCUGGAAAGUGACACUCUAGAUGAGUUCCAAGGAAGCUGUCCCUUAGCAACAGCCCCGAAGUCCAGACACUGUCCUAAUCCGUGAUGGUCAGCUCCAGCUUCUGCCUGGAAAUCAGAUUCAUUCCUGCAUCUCCUCACCAGGGAAAUGCAUGUGGCGGUGUUGGCAGCCGACGUGAUACUGCUCCUGAGCAUGGGGCGGACGGCAGACUCUCUCUGCUCGCCCACUAUUUUUUACAGAGACUGCUGGAUCCGCCGCUUCCCGGGGCUCCUGCUGGACCUGGAGGAGUCCCAGAAGAUGGGGGCUCAGUUUCUGAGAUACUAUACUGAAAGCACCGGUCAGAAAUGCAGUCGGAGCUGCUGCCUUAGAAAGGAUGUGGCCUGUAACCUGGCCGUCUUCUACCACGACCCGAUUCACGACAGCGUCAACUGCCUGCACAUUCACUGCCCAACGACAGAGAGCUGCAUCCUGGAGCCGGGGACCAGUGCCAUUUUGUACACCAUCACAGACGGUAUAGAUCCAGAUUUGCUGGUUUUUGGACAGGCGCCUCCCACACGUCUAAAUGCCCAUUCUUCAUCUAACGGGUGGGAGGCACUAAGGAAUCUGAAAGCGAUGAAUGUGCGUCAACAGCAGCCCCCCACGGUAAAACAGAUGCUACCAUCGACACAGGCUCCGGCAUCAACCACGCAUCAAGAUUGGGUUGUGAACACAAACCAUACUAGGUAUUCCAAGGAAGUAACCACAGAUUCUUGGGCAAGAUUCAUUUCCCUGAACGAUUCCACUGCCACCAAGGUAAAUAAGGUGUCACGCAGUGCUGCCUUCAUCAGCAACCCAGAUAACAAGACUAUCUCUGCUUUCUUUGUGCCCACAGACAGGAAGCCUUCUCAUAUGCCCAUCCCAUCCCCCCUCAACAGCAACAAGCAAUUGCUGAACAAAACCAAAGGCUACAACAGCGGGAACCACACCUCUGAGAACGAAAGCAAGACACCUAACGGGGCACUUGUGACUUCAAAGACCUGGCUGGUGCCUGUGGUCCUCUGUACCGCCGUCAUCUUUCUCUGCUGCUGUACAGUCCUCCUGGCAUCUGGAUGCUGUCGAAAGAGGCGGGGCCAGUAUAAACCAGGGCAGAGAAAGUCGGCACCUGGGCAACUUAAAAAAAGUUACGUGCUGAAGGAGCGCUCGUAA